UUUUUUAUUUUUUUUAUCUUCUCUUUUACUGUAUGUAAUGUGAGUCAUGUCAUUGCCCAUCACCUACCACUGAUAAUUCAAUGCCUUCUUCUUCUUCUUAGCCCCACCGCCAUUCUCUUCUUCUCAGAUUUUCAUGUGCUUCUUGUGUUCUUCAUUUCCCUCCAACUACACACUAAAGGGUCAAAUUUAGUGCCUUUUUUGGUUGUGUUUGAGAAAUUCCAUUUUUUGAGAUUGGAAAUAGAUACCCUUUUGAGCAUUUGACAAAACCCAUAAAGCAAAAUUUGACAUUUUUUUAGAUUUUCAAAAUGGGUCUUAACUUUGGGUGUUUCAAUGGCUUCACUUAAGAGAUCUAGUUUUGAAUCUGUGUAGGAUUUUUUGUUUUGGAAAGAUUUUUUUGGAAACACCAAAAUGGCGUCUGAUCUAAAUUCAGGGUUGUCAAAGAAAACAUUUGUUUUCGGAUUGAAAGUUUGGGUAUUAAUGGGAAUUAUUGUUGGUUUGUUCAUUAUAAUCAUUCUUGCGGUGCUAUCAAUAUGUCUUACUUUAAGAAAGAAAUCGAGAAGAGGCAACGGUGGCAUGCGUCCUCUUAGCCAUAUUCUGUCUAUUUCAGAAGAGAUCAAAGAAAUUAGUGUCGAUCAAGUUUCAUCGAAUAAUCAUCCGCAAAAUGGUUCUUUCAUGAGCUUGAAUGACAAGUUUAGUGAUGGCGAUUCCGGAAAGGUUUUGAUCCAGACAAAGAAUGGAGAUAAUAGUAGUCAAUCAGGCUCGUUUAAUCGUUUAGAGAAAGAUCCGAGUGGUUCUCAGUCAGGUGAAGAUAGUGGCGGUUUUAGGAGCAUUUCAGCUUAUAGGUCUUCGUCGCAUCCUAUAUCUGCACCAUCACCAUGUUCUGGUCUUCCUGAAUUCUCUCACCUUGGCUGGGGUCACUGGUUUACACUAAGGGACUUGGAACUUGCAACUAACAGGUUUUCGAAAGACAAUAUUAUCGGUGAAGGUGGUUAUGGAGUUGUCUAUCGAGGUCAACUUAUCAAUGGGAAUCCUGUUGCCAUUAAGAAGCUCCUCAAUAAUUUAGGACAAGCUGAAAAGGAAUUUAGGGUGGAAGUUGAGGCUAUUGGUCAUGUGCGGCAUAAGAACUUGGUUCGACUUUUAGGCUUUUGCAUUGAAGGAACUCACAGGUUAUUGAUUUAUGAGUAUGUUAACAACGGCAAUUUAGAGCAGUGGCUUCAUGGAGCCAUGCGGCAGCAUGGAUAUCUUACUUGGGAAGCUCGGAUAAAAAUUCUUCUUGGAACAGCCAAAGCGCUUGCUUACUUGCACGAGGCGAUUGAGCCAAAAGUUGUACAUCGAGAUAUUAAGUCGAGCAAUAUUUUAAUUGAUGAUAGCUUUAAUGCAAAAAUAUCUGACUUUGGGCUUGCUAAGUUACUUGGUGCUGGAAAAAGUCACAUUACAACUAGAGUAAUGGGUACUUUUGGAUACGUAGCUCCAGAAUAUGCGAAUUCUGGCUUGUUAAAUGAGAAGAGUGAUGUUUAUAGCUUUGGUGUAUUGCUUCUUGAAGCAAUUACAGGAAGAGAUCCAGUCGAUUAUAGCCGAUCAGCAGCCGAGGUAAAUUUGGUUGACUGGCUCAAGAUGAUGGUAGGGUGUAGGCGCUCAGAAGAGGUGGUGGACCCUAAUAUUGAGACUAGGCCAUCGACUAGUGCCCUAAAACGAUCCCUUUUAACUGCUUUGAGGUGUGUUGAUCCAGAUUCUGAAAAAAGACCAAAGAUGAGCCAAGUUGUUCGCAUGCUUGAAUCAGAGGAAUAUCCUAUACCUCGAGAGGAUCGUAGACGGCGAAAGAGCCAAGCAGGAAACAUAGAGGUAGAGAGCCAGAGGGAGACUUCAGAUACAGAUAAGAGUGACAAUCCAGAUCAUAAACCAAAUGGCAGAACAAACCAACACAUGUAGAUCGAGAUAGUGAUCUCAAAGGUAUUUCAAAGAUAAGGAACACAAGUGAACUUGCAAAUUUUGCAUUCUUUCGAGAUUCUGUAAGUUCCUACGCUGCGCAGGAACCGGUUACUUAUAUAUAUACCUAUAGGUUUAGAUGUUAGAAUGUAGAUUAUUGUGUAUGAAUAUGGCAUGAGUUCCUUUGGACUAGUAGUGAUGGUGUGUAUAGUUUAUUACUCUACUAUUCUUUCCUUUUGUAUUUUCAUUUAUUUCAUCAUUAAGGAACUAAACUUUUUCUCUGGAAGAUCAGAAAAAGUAUUGUUUUCAUGAA